AAAAUUUAAAGAAAACCAAAACAAAAACAAAAAAACAACACCAAUUUUUUUGCUUUAACAGCAAAUAGGUCCACACGUAAUACAGAAAAAGGAAAUAGGGAGACAGAGAGGCUUAUUCUCUUCAAAAUUUCAAUUUUUUUGGUGCUUUGUUGAAGGGUUUAAGCUUCUCAAUUUUGUUCAUUUUAUUAUUUAAAAUCUGAUUUGUUUCCAUUUCUUCUCAAGAUUCUUACUGUAAAUCAAUUUUAAGCUGUACCCACCAAGCAAAGUACAAAUCUUUUUGCUGUUAUUUUGGGUGUUCCUGAAUAUUUUGAAUGGUUCUUGAUUGACAUUCAAGGCUGUUGAAGUAUUAGAUCCAAGAGCCAAAACUCCAUUUUUUUGAUCCGGUCAAACUUUGGUAAAAAAUGGCUGCUAUCACUCUUGUUGUUGGAUCUCUAGUUUGGUUAGAAGAUCCUGAUGAAGCUUGGGUCGAUGGUGAAGUUAUCGAAGUUAAGGGUGAUGACAUUAAGGUUCUCUGCACAUCAGGAAAGACGGUUGUUGUUAAAGCUUCAAAUGUAUAUCCUAAAGAUGCCGAGGCCCCACCAUGCGGAAUUGAUGACAUGACAAAGCUGGCUUAUUUGCACGAACCAGGAGUUUUGCAGAAUUUAAGAUCAAGAUAUGAUAUGAACGAAAUUUAUACUUACACAGGGAAUAUAUUAAUUGCUGUGAAUCCUUUUAGAAGGUUGCCGCAUCUCUAUGAUAGCCACAUGAUGGCACAAUAUAAAGGGGCAGCCUUUGGUGAGCUGAGUCCGCAUCCCUUUGCUGUUGCAGAUGCUGCAUACAGGCUGAUGAUCAACGAUGGAGUAAGUCAAUCAAUUUUAGUUAGCGGUGAGAGUGGGGCAGGUAAAACGGAAAGCACAAAAUUGCUUAUGCGAUAUCUUGCGUACAUGGGAGGGCGGGCUGCUGCUGAGGGUAGGACUGUUGAGCAGCAAGUCCUGGAGUCUAAUCCCGUGUUAGAAGCAUUUGGUAAUGCGAAGACUGUUAGAAACAAUAACUCGAGUCGAUUUGGUAAGUUCGUGGAGAUUCAGUUUGAUCAGAAUGGAAAGAUUUCAGGAGCUGCAAUCAGAACUUAUUUGCUUGAAAGAUCACGUGUUUGUCAGGUUUCUGAUCCUGAGAGAAAUUAUCACUGCUUCUAUAUGCUUUGUGCUGCACCCCCAGAGGAUGUUCAAAGGUACAGGCUGGGAAAUCCAAGGACGUUUCAUUAUCUAAAUCAAUCCAAUUGCUAUGAAUUGGAUGGUGUUGAUGAAUCUAAGGAAUAUGUUGCAACAAGAAAGGCUAUGGAUAUUGUUGGAAUAAGUUCUGAAGAGCAGGAUGCAAUAUUUCAAGUUGUAGCUGCAGUUCUCCAUCUUGGGAAUAUUGAAUUUACAAAAGGGAAGGAAACAGACUCAUCCAUGCCUAAAGAUGAGAAAUCUUUGUUUCAUCUAAGAACUGCUGCUGAGCUUCUAAUGUGUGAUGUGAAGGCAUUAGAAGACUCUUUAUGUAAACGUGUUAUUGUAACUCGCGAUGAAACCAUUACAAAGUGGUUGGAUCCAGAAUCUGCUGUGCUCAGUCGAGAUGCAUUGGCUAAAAUUGUGUACUCAAGAUUGUUUGAUUGGCUUGUGGAUAAGAUUAACAAUUCAAUUGGUCAAGACCCCGACUCAAAGUCCUUAAUUGGCGUGCUAGAUAUUUAUGGAUUUGAGAGUUUCAAGACAAACAGUUUUGAGCAAUUUUGCAUCAACUUGACAAAUGAAAAACUUCAGCAACAUUUCAAUCAGCACGUUUUCAAAAUGGAGCAAGAAGAAUAUACAAAAGAAGAAAUUAAUUGGAGCUACAUUGAUUUUGUUGAUAAUCAAGAUAUUCUGGAUCUCAUUGAAAAGAAACCUGGUGGCAUAAUUGCUCUACUGGAUGAAGCUUGCAUGUUUCCUAGAUCAACACAUGAAACUUUUGCCCAAAAGUUGUACCAGACAUUUAAAAAUCAUAAACGCUUCAGCAAGCCAAAACUAGCUCGAAGUGAUUUCACAAUUUGCCAUUAUGCCGGUGAUGUCACAUAUCAAACUGAACAGUUUCUGGACAAGAAUAAGGACUAUGUUGUUGCUGAACACCAGGCACUCUUAAGUGCUUCUAAAUGUCCCUUUGUUUCAGGAUUGUUUCCGCUUUUAGCUGAAGAAUCCUCCAAGCAGUCAAAGUUCUCUUCCAUAGGUGCUCGUUUUAAGCAACAACUGCAAGCGUUGCUUGAAACUCUUAGUUCAACUGAGCCGCAUUAUAUUCGUUGUGUAAAGCCCAACAAUCUUCUUAAGCCGUCGAUCUUUGAGAAUAAAAACAUUCUUCAACAGCUACGGUGUGGGGGAGUCAUGGAAGCAAUUAGAAUCAGUUGCGCAGGAUACCCUACUAGAAAACCUUUUGAUGAAUUUGUAGGCCGGUUCAGCAUCCUUGCCCCAGAAGUUUUGGAUGGCAGUUCUGAUGAAAUUGCUGCUUCUAAGAGGCUUUUGGAGAAACUGGGACUUGAAGGCUAUCAGAUCGGGAAAACGAAGGUAUUCCUUAGAGCUGGUCAAAUGGCAGACCUGGAUACUCGUAGGAGUGAGGUGUUAGGGAGAUCAGCAAGUAUCAUUCAGAGGAAAGUACGAUCUUACUUGUCUCGCAGAAGUUUCAUCAUGCUUCGUCGUGCUGCAAUUAAUCUUCAGGCGUCAUGCAGAGGACAACUUGUUCGCCGAGUAUAUGAGAACAUGCGUAGGGAGGCUGCUUGUCUAAAGAUACAAACAUACUUGCGGAUGCAUGUUGCUAGGAAAUCUUAUACAGGAUUAAAUUGCUCUGCUAUUUCUAUUCAAACUGGUAUGCGUGGGAUGGCUGCUCGGAAUGAGUUGCGUUUCAGGAGGCAGACUAAGGCAGCAAUUGUAAUUCAGAGCUAUGGCCGCAGAUACUUGGCCCGGUUACGUUUUAUGGAGUUAAAGAAAGCAGCAAUUACAACACAAUGUGCAUGGAGAGGAAAAGUUGCCCGUAAAGAACUACGGAACCUUAAGAUGGCUGCAAGGGAGACUGGUGCUCUUCAAGCUGCUAAAAAUAAAUUGGAAAAACAAGUUGAAGAAUUGACAUGGAGACUUCAGCUGGAGAAACGCAUGAGGGCUGAUUUGGAAGAAGCUAAAACUCAAGAAAAUGCUAAACUUCAAUCCACUUUACAAGAAAUACAACUUCAAUUUAAAGAAACUAAAGCAAUGCUCAUCACGGAACGGGAGACUGCCAAAAUGGCCAAAGAGAUAGUCCCUGUUAUACAGGAGGUUCCUGUAGUUGACAAUGCAAUGCUGGAGAAGCUUACCACAGAAAAUGAGAAACUCAAGGCUAUGGUUAGUUCACUAGAAAACAAAAUUGAUGAAACGGAGAAAAAGUUUGAAGAGACGAGCAAAGUAAGUGAAGAAAGAUUGAAGCAAGCUUUGGAGGCAGAGUCAAAAAUAGUUGAAUUGAAGACUGCUAUGCAUAGGCUUGAAGAAAAAUUUACAGACAUGGAAACUGAGAACCAAAUUCUCCGGCAGCAAACUUUGUUUCAGACACCUGUUAAGAAGACAUCAGAUCGGCCACCUAUACCAGCAGUGCCGAGCUUAGAAAAUGGUCACCAUCUGAAUGAAGAGCUCAAAGCUAAUGAACCACAGAGUGCAACACCCGCAAAGGUGUUUGGUACAGAGGCAGAUAGCAAGUUAAGGAGAUCCCAUAUUGAGCGUCAACAUGAGAGUAUUGAUUCUCUUAUCAACUGUGUUGCUAAUAACAUCGGAUUUAGUAAUGGAAAGCCUGUUGCAGCAUUUACCAUAUACAAGUGUCUUCUCCACUGGAAAUCAUUUGAAGCAGAAAAGACCAGUGUUUUUGAUCGGCUCAUUCAAAUGAUUGGUUCUGCAAUUGAGAAUGAAGAGAAUAAUGAGCACAUGGCUUACUGGUUGUCAAAUACGUCUACUUUGUUGUUUUUGCUGCAAAAAAGUCUGAAGCCAGCUAAUGCUAGUGGCGCAACACCAAAUAAGAAGCCAUCCUCUGCUGCAUCGUUGUUUGGGAGAAUGGCCAUGGGUUUUCGUUCGUCACCCUCCUCUUCCAACCUUGCUGCUGCUGCUGCACUAGCAGUUGUGCGCCAAGUGGAGGCUAAGUAUCCAGCCUUGCUUUUCAAGCAGCAGCUUGCAGCAUACAUGGAGAAAAUUUAUGGAAUCAUUAGAGACAACUUGAAGAAGGAAUUGUCUUCUUUACUUUCAUUAUGCAUCCAGGCACCCAGAACAUCCAAGGGCGUACUGAGAUCUGGAAAAUCGUUCGGUAAAGAUUCUUCUACAAGUCAUUGGCAGAGCAUAAUUGAUAGUCUCAACAUUCUCCUGAGCACAUUGAAACAAAAUUUUGUGCCUCCAGUUCUGAUCCAGAAGAUUUAUACUCAAACUUUCUCAUAUAUCAAUGUACAAUUAUUCAAUAGUCUUCUUUUGCGUCGUGAGUGCUGUACAUUUAGCAAUGGUGAAUAUGUGAAAUCCGGAUUAGCCGAGUUAGAGCUAUGGUGCGCGCAAGCAAAAGAUGAGUACGCAGGUGUAUCUUGGGAUGAGCUAAAGCACAUAAGACAGGCUGUUGGGUUUUUGGUUAUACAUCAAAAGUACAGAAUAUCCUACGAUGAAAUCAUCAAUGAUCUGUGCCCUAUCCUGAGCGUGCAGCAGCUGUACAGAAUUUGUACGCUCUAUUGGGAUGACAAUUAUAACACUCGAAGUGUGUCCCCUGCUGUCAUUUCUAGCAUGAGAAUACUAAUGACAGAAGAUUCCAGCGACGCUGCUAGCAGUUCCUUUUUGUUAGAUGACAAUUCCGGCAUACCAUUCUCAGUUGAAGAUCUUGCUAGUUCCCUCCAAGAGAAAGAUUUUAUGGAUGUUGAACCAGCAGAGGAACUUCUCGAGAACCCAGCCUUCCAAUUUUUACACGAGUGAGGCUACGAGAACUCGAGCUUCUCAUCCUUUUUGUUUGAAGUAGUAGGCAGCAAUCAGUCUCUGGUUAGUGAUAAUGGUUUAUAAUGGUUGUAAAGUUAAUUUUUUUAUAAUUUUUGUCUCCUUAUUCAUUUCUUCAUCAUUGCCCCCUUGUAAAAUAUUUCAUUAAUUCAUUAUUAUUAUUUUUUGGUUGAGAUUCAAAUUUGUAAAAUCCAUGUGAGGGGCAAUUAUAUUUGCUGUUGGGUUGAGUGUGCACUCUUUAGUUAAAAUUAUGUUUUGUUAUUACACAGUAAUGAAAGAAAUUAUAGGGAGAAGUGCAUAGCUUCAUUGUUAUUGUGGAGGCAUUGCUAUCUCCACCAAUUUUUCAGUGUAUAAAGGAACAGAAUAUAAUUAUGUUACUACAUAGUAAUGAAAAGUUAUAGACAUGAUUUAUAUUUGCA